GCUACGCGCAGAAGCCCACUGGUCUCCUGUCGGAGGUGGUCCGACGCCUCGGCAGACGUAGUAUACGAUGUGGUGGUGUCGGGUGGUGGCCUGGUGGGUGCUGCCAUGGCCUGUGCCUUGGGUUCAGAGGUCUUAGUCCGUAGAUGGCCAACUCCAUUGCUCUGGGUCCAAGGUGAGGCAGAACAUCAAGGCAGAAGGGUGUGAUGAAGAAAGGCAACUCAGGACAUGACAAUCAGCAGAGAGCUCUAUCACACCAGGGACAAAGGACAUGAUAUUCACUUCCGUGACAAAAAAAUCCUGUUGCUGGAAGCAGGUCCAAAGAGAAUAUUGGAGAAAUUGUCAGAAACUUAUAGCAACAGAGUCAGCUCCAUUUCCCCGGGCUCUGCAACCCUUCUCAGUAGUUUUGGUGCUUGGGAUCAUAUCUGCAACAUGAGAUACAGAGCCUUUCGGCGAAUGCAGGUGUGGGACGCCUGCUCAGAGGCCUUGAUAAUGUUUGAUAAGGAUAAUUUAGAUGACAUGGGCUAUAUAGUGGAGAACGAUGUCAUCAUGCAUGCUCUUACUAAGCAGCUGGAGGCUGUGUCUGACCGAGUGACUGUGCUGUACAGGAGCAAAGCUGUUGGCUACACCUGGCCUGGUCCAUUUUCCAUGGCAGACUCUAGCCCUUGGGUCCAUAUUACCCUAGGUGAUGGCAGCACCCUCCAGACCAAAUUGUUGAUUGGUGCUGAUGGUUACAACUCAGGAGUACGGCAGGCUGCUGGAAUCCAGAAUGUUAGUUGGAACUAUGACCAGUCUGCUGUUGUGGCUACUCUGCAUUUAUCAGAGGCCACAGAAAACAAUGUAGCUUGGCAGAGAUUUCUUCCCUCUGGGCCUAUUGCUCUGCUCCCGCUCUCGGAUACCCUGAGUUCCUUGGUCUGGUCGACAUCCCAUGAACAUGCUGCAGAGCUAGUAAGCAUGGAUGAGGAAGAGUUUGUGGAUGCCAUUAACUCUGCCUUUUGGAGUGAUGCAAACCACACAGACUUCAUCGAUUCAGCUGGGACUAUGUUGCAAUAUGUUGUCACCCUUCUGAAGCCCACUAAAGUCUCAGCUCGCCAGCUACCUCCAAGUGUAGCAAGGGUAGAUGCAAAAAGCAGAGUACUCUUUCCUCUGGGGCUGGGACACGCUGCAGAGUACGUCCGGCCUCGGGUGGCACUCAUUGGGGAUGCAGCCCACAGAGUCCAUCCACUUGCCGGACAAGGUGUCAACAUGGGCUUUGGGGAUAUCUCCAGCUUGGUCCAUCAUCUCAGUACUGCAGCCUUCAAUGGGAAAGACUUGGGUUCCAUGAGCCACCUUGCAGGUUAUGAAACAGACAGACAGCGUCACAACACUGCUCUUCUGGCUGCUACAGACUUACUGAAAAGGCUCUAUUCCACCAGAGCUGCUCCACUUGUGCUGCUCAGGACAUGGGGUUUGCAGGCCACUAAUGCAGUGUCUCCACUCAAAGAACAGAUUAUGGCCUUUGCCAGCAAAUGAGUACUACUCUGGAGAUUAUGCUGUCGAAAGAACAUCCUGCCCUGCAACCACCACAAUUAUUUUCAAGAUUUGAUUUAAUAAAUUUACUUUUGUUCACUGAGGAAGGCUUGCAAACAAUUCUAAAUUUCUUUAAUUUAUAAUUAAAUUAACAUUAGAAUUCUUUUUGUUUUCACUUCUGCUUAAUGGGCCUAUGGGGUCCAAAUAAAGAGGAAUAAUUUGCUAUGA